AUGAUUAGUGUUGAUUUACCCAUGGACCAAAGUGUGACCGUGUUGGUUCAAAAUGAGGAUGAAUUGAGUAGGAAAGAAAGACGAAACCACACCGUGAUAAUUGUUAAAGCAGAUAGAAUAAGCAACAGUGCCAUAAAACAGGGAGUAGAUGGAAUCAGGCUGACUAACACAACUCACAUAAACAAGAGGAUAAUUAACGUAUGCAAGGAGAAGACUGUAUUCAUUCAGGUUGAUUUUGGUGACUACGAGAGAAACAGACUGGAAUUCUGCACAAUGAUGCGGAAGCUGAGGGAGCAUCGGGCAUGGAGGGUGCUUGUUUGCUCAUUUGGAUCCAAUUUGGUGCAUUCUGAAGCAGAAGUGAUGGGCAUUUUGGCUGGAUUUGGAUUCAGUAGAAGAAACAGCCUAAAAGUGGUAGAAAACAGCACCAAAAUGAUCAGACUGGGAAUUAUCAAGCAGAAUGGGACAAAUGGAAGAGUUAUUGAUGUAACAGACAAGGCGUGGAUUGAGAAGUGGCUCUACCGAUAG